CAGGCAUUUAAUGGGCGCAGCUGGGCGCAGCCUCUUUCGUAGGAAGCUUCUCUUUACGAGUCCCACGAUAAUAUCUUCCCGGUUAAGCUUAAAUUCCUUAAGUGAUUAGCUAACAAGUCGUAUGAUUUAACUAUCCAUAUACGAUCUACGAAAUUGUAGUGAAUUAUUGAUAAGAAAUUAAAUCAUUCUGUCGGAAAGCUUUGUAUCGUCUAACGUUGAUCUACGACGUUUUACGAAAGUGCGUCCCCACUAUCGCGUAUACACCAUCGUCUCUUGUUGUAUCUACCACAUUCAUCGAUUCAUCUGUUCAUUGACUUGAGCUUUGCUAAAUGCACUUAAGUUUUUCCUCACAUUUCACCGUAAAUUACGGAAGAGUAUACGAUGUUCCCUAAACAAUAUUGUUUAUUAAGAGGUGCAAGGUGUUCAUGAACGUCUGUUUUUAUUAUUAUUAUUGUUAUUCUUCUAAGAAUAGUCUCUUGAAAUCUUUUUAUUUCUACACUAAAACCUAUCUUAAAUCAAGGAUUUUAAUAUAAAAUGAUCAUGUAUACGGUCGCGGAAGAACACAUUAAUGAUAAUGAGAUUGCACAGGUGAUAGCAUUCAUAUGCGGGGUUAUAGUGAUACUUUUAAUGAUAAUGGGACUUGCUUCGACGGAUUGGUUAAUGGCCUUAGGAUGGAGGCAAGGACUUUUUGUACAUUGCAUCGAAGAAGGUGCACCAACUCCACUGCCAUUUAAUAUGCCAGAUCCACAAGGAUGUUAUCAAGCUAGAGAUGUUGCAUAUAUAAAAGCUGCAGCUACCUUGUGCGUGAUAUGCUUGUUAUCAGAUAUCAUGGCAACAGUUUUAACAGGUCUUGGACUGAGAUCACAAGAUCACAGAGAAAAGCACAAAUUUUACAGAUUUGCUGUCUUAUGUAUGGGUAUUGCACUCGUAUGUCUUUUAACUGCAUUGGUGAUUUAUCCUGUGUGCUUUGCAACAGAAUUAAAUCUUGGAAAUAGAACAAUGUGGGAAUUUGGAUGGGCAUAUGGUGUUGGAUGGGGUGCAGCUAUAUUUUUGUUUGGCGGAGCAGUAUUACUUCUAUGCGAUAAAGAAAGCGAAGAAAUUUAUUACAAGGAAAGAAAAAUAGUUCGUAAUGAGAUGGGAGGAGGUAGUUCAAUGACUGGAAUGGGACAUCAUGGUGGACGAAGUGGUACGCAACUAGCCUAGUGGCAUUGCACCCUGCCCGAUGUUGUACUCUAGGUGAUUCUUUUCUCUUUUUGUUCUAACAGUUUGAUACCCAUGAAACGAAAGAGAUGUAUACGUGUAUAUGAAAAUGAACACUUUUUAUACAUGUUACCUGCAUGUUAGAUCAGAAUAAUAUUGGAGUUACAGACGGUUUGGUGUUUUAAAUAUAUGGAACAUGUCAGCAAAACAUUGCUGAAAUUACUAAAAGUAUCUAUCAGUUGACUGAACAUAGUUUUUUGGUUAAAUAGUUACCAUUUGGAAUUAAUCAUGGGGAAUUUUUAUAAUAAUUAAUACGAUUUUGGGACCAUUGUUAUUUUAAGUUCUUUUUUCUAUACAGUAUUAUACU